AUGACUCCUGUUUUCCUUGUACUCCUCUUCUUCUCAUUGACAUCCAUUCCUCCAGGUGCGACUGAUGAUGGAGAUCAAACAGACGCAUCUUUGGACGUCUCUGAAAUCAUUGCAAGAGCCAAUGAGGGCAUAAAAACGCCCCUGAUCCACGGCGACAUUGUGCCAAAUUCAAAGAGGAACGCAGUCCCCUGCACAGCCAGAGGCUGCAAGUGGCCUAAAGAUGGCGACUUUGUCAGAAUUCCUGUCAGUAUCUCUUCCAUGUACACCAGACAAGAGCGCAGAUUCAUCAUUCAAGUCCUGUUGACCUUUCACAAAUCCACCUGCAUUCGCUUUGUAAGAAGGAAGUGGAGGCAUCAAAAUUAUCUCCAUUUCUUCUCUGGAUCUGGGUGCUGGUCGUACCUGGGCCGUGUGGGGGGCGAACAGCGCAUCUCUCUGAGGAGAAACGGUUGUUUGCACACAGACACGGUGCAGCAUGAGGUCCUCCACGCUCUCGGUUUCCACCACGAGCACGUCCGCUCUGACAGGGACCAACACGUCACUAUCCACUUCGAGAACAUUCAGGAAGGAGUGGAAUCAAACUUCCAGAAGGUGCAGACUAACAACUUGAACACUCCCUAUGACUUUGAGUCUGUCAUGCAUUACAGCAAGUUUGCCUUCUCCAAAAAUGGGCAGCCAACCAUCGUCGCCAAGAGCAAUCCCAACCUUUCCUUUGGACAAGCUACAACCAUGAGCGCUAAUGACAUUGCCCGUGUCAACAGGCUUUACCAAUGCUAACAACGAUGACAGAAGAAACGGGUCGGCCUCCAGUCUUUUUUUUUAACCAUUUGUGAUUUGAUUUAAAUCUUUUAUUGGUUUUCAAAUACAAUGGGUAUAAUUUGGUGAUGGUUCUGCCAAGUGUAUUGACACAAAGCCGAGAUUCAAUGAUAUAUUUUGAUGAUUGUUGAUGAAGUUUUUGACAGAUGCA